AUGCAAAACAAGGAAAUCAGAAUAGCCGCACUUUUGGUGUUGGACACAGUGUUCUUUCUUCUAGAAGCCAUCAUCGGGUAUUCGGUACAUUCGUUGGCAUUAAUCGCUGACUCGUUCCAUAUGUUGAACGAUAUCAUCUCGUUGAUCAUAGCUCUCUGGGCUGUCAGAGUCAAGAAUACAAAGCCCGCUGACGGAAAGUAUACCUACGGCUGGCAGAGAGCAGAGAUCUUGGGUGCAUUGAUCAAUGCCGUUUUCUUGUUGGCUCUUUGUUUCACCAUCGUUAUUGAUGCUAUCCAGAGAUUCUUCGAGCCUGCAGUAAUCACCCAGCCAAAGCUCAUUUUGGUUGUAGGCAUUGCUGGCUUAUGUAGCAACGGUGUAGGAUUGGUUUUAUUUCACGAGCAUGGCCACUCUCAUUCUCACGGCGGUGCAGAAUCUCCUCAUGAACACGAACAUGGCCAUGGUGAAGUCACUGACGAAGAGCUGAGAAUCGAAUCCAGACCCAGAAACGGCUCUAUCGAAAUCUACGAACACGGCCAUUCUCAUGCUUCUGCUUCAACGUCAGAUGUAUUUGAUUACCUCCCAGAUACCGUAGUAGAUCGAUACAACGAGCAAUCACCGUUGCUCAAGAAACAGAACGGUGCUGAACCGGAAGAUGCCAAGGCUCACAAGGUAAAGAAGAAGUCGAUGAACAUGGAAGGAGUCUUCCUCCAUGUACUUGGCGACGCCUUGGGUAACAUCGGAGUUAUAAUCACGGCGUUGUUUAUCUGGAAAACGGACUACUCGUGGAGAUACGUAUCUGAUCCUGUUACUUCUUUGGUUAUCACCUUGAUUAUCUUUUCUUCUGCCUUACCCUUGUGUCGUAAGUCUUCCAAGAUCUUGUUGCAGGCGACUCCACCAUAUAUCAACUCCAACUUGAUAAUCGAAGAAAUCGUCAAAUUGCCGUUGGUUAAGUCCAUCCACGACUUCCAUGUUUGGAACCUUAACGAAGAUAUCUUGAUUGCUUCCUUACAUAUAGAGCUUGAAGAUAGUUGCUAUGCUCAGCAAGCUCCUCAAGUUCCACUCCCAAACGGAGUGCAUAACCACAGUCCUCUUGUUGAUCUAGCUGCCAGUGAAUCUUUUGUUUCUGUAUCCACUGUGAAUUACUCACAAAUCGACAAGAAUACUUUCUUGAAGGUUGUCAGUCAAGUCCGGGAAGUGAUGCACAAAUUUGGUAUUCAUUCUGUUACGAUUCAACCUGAAUUUACCAACUACGCCAAG